AUGUCUCCCGCUGUGAAGAUCCAAACAGAGCCCAGAGAGCUCAAAGAGCCUAAUCUAGACAUCAGCUUUCAGGACUACUUGGUUUUGUCCAAGCUUGUUUUCGACUGGGCGGAUAGUUAUGAUGCCAAGGACUGGGAUCGUCUGCGCAGAAUAAUUGCCCCAACACUCACGGUGGACUAUACGAAAAUCGGACUCCGAAGAUGGGAUGACAUGCCAGCAGAUGAGUAUAUGGCCAUGGUUACCCACCCCGGAUUUCUGGGUGACCCCACUGUGAAGACACAGCAUCUGCUCGGCCAAACCUGGUGGGAGAAGAUAUCUGACACCGAGGUGAUCGGUCACCACCAGCUGCGUGCAGCCCACCAGGUGUAUACCGAUGCCGAUUUGAAAGAGGUCAAGCUGCGUGGCCACGGCCACGCCACCAAUGAGCACUACUACCGCAAGGUCGACGGAGUGUGGAAGUUUGCAGGCCUCAAGCCUAAUGUGCGAUGGAAUGAACUGCGGUUUGAUGAUGUUUUCAAGGGUCUAGAUUGA